AACACUUCCUAGUGCACGAAACUUCCUGGAGUCGUUGAACGCGUCGCUCUUUUUUAACGUUAUAAGAUCAUUUAAGCGCGACAGUUUGAUCAGAAACACACACUUUAAGUUACACGGGACGACUCGGUGAUCGUGUUCAUGUGCUGAGGAGCAGAAAAGUGCACUUUAAUCGAGUUAUUCAGUUUCUCUUCCGGAAACUCACAGCAUGACUGAAGCAUUUUCAGGUGGUGAUCAGCACACACGUGUUCACAGCUGUCAAUCACCUGGAUUUCUGCAGCGGUUGAGUGACAGCACCGGUGGUGUGAUUGUGGGCAUCUGUCUGUUCACCCUGUCCUUCUAUGUGCUCUUCACCAAUGAGGGUCGAGCUCUGCGUACAGCGAUGUCUCUUGAUGAGGGUCUCUCUCAGGUCGUGUCUCUUCAUCCAGACAUGAGUUUGGAUCAUCAGAAUCACAAUCGGCUGGUUCAUCUGUCUGGACCGCUGCACACCUCACAGCCGCUGUACGACCCCAACUACAGAAUCUCAGUGCAGGCGGUGAAGCUGAAGAGACAGGUGGAGAUGUACCAAUGGGUGGAGCUCUCCGAGAGCAGGGACUAUAAAGAGAAUGGAGAAACUAAGACAGAAACCACAUACACAUACAACGCUGAGUGGAGGUCAGAGGUCAUUAGCAGCAGACACUUUGAUCAGGAGGUCGGACACGUAAACCCCAGUGCAAUGGCGGUGGAGAGCGUGACUGUUGUAGCUCCUGAUGUUUGGGUCGGGAAGCUCUUCCUGUCUAAUGGACUUAUCGAGCAGAUUAAUGAUUUCCACACGUUGAGUCUUCAAGGAUUUCCUGAUGUAAACACAUUCCUCACUGUAUAUGAUGAUUAUUUUUACCACACUGCAAACCCGCGAAGGCCAGAGGUUGGAGAUGUGCGUGUGCGUUUUGUUUACGCUGGUCUCAGUGGUGAUGGACUCUAUCCUGGCCCCGCCCACAAGGUGAGUAUUGUAGCAAAGCAGCAGGGUGAUAAAUUGACACCCUUCAGGACUCGUUCAGGUGAUUCACUGGAGAUCUUGUAUAUGGGCGAGCUGACAGCAGAGGAGGUGUUUGCUAAAGAGCAUCAGCUGAACGAUAUGAAGACUUGGGCACUGCGGGUCGGCGGAUGGGCACUCAUGUUUCUGGGCAUCAGUCUGAGCACACGCAUCAUCUACACACUGGUGGACUGGGUUCCUGUGGUGAGGGAGUUGGUAUCGGUGGGACUGAAGAUGUUUGCGUUCUCCGUCUCGUGUUCUCUGUCGCUGUUCACUAUCGCGGCCGGCUGGAUCUUCUAUCGCCCUCUGCUGGCCGUGCUCAUAUCCGCCCUUGCGCUCCUGCCGGUCAUCAUCACACACGCUCGAGCGCCAAACAAGAAGAACCAAUGACUCGUUUAGUGUGUGUUUGAUGAACACCUCCACACAGUCGCUCCUGAUUCUGCUUUAAAUCUAUAAAGAUAUGCAGGUGUCACCUGAUCAAAUAUUUUUGUAUGUUCAGCAGUUGUGUGUCAGUGUUUGAACAUUUUCAUGCAUGAUUUAAUGUCACAGUCUGAAUGUUGAAUUUGAUUCUCCUUCAUGAAACUGUUACAGAUGAUUGUGACUUUAAACAAAAGUGUCUAUGACAAUAAAACACAUUAUAAAUCUAA